AUGUCGGCAUUUUUGGGAUGUCGAUUAAGAAAAGGAAACAUACCAAAAGUGGCCAAUCAACUACAAAAAUCCGCAAAUGGAAGUGGAACUCGAGAACACAAAGAACUGUUGAAGCACCAUGCAUCAGAGAUACCUCCACAAGUGUCACACAGAGCUGAAAGUUCUCAAACAACGCAACAUGUAACACCAAAAUCCAACAAAAAAGCCAAAUAUUCCUACCAAAAAAAUGCGCAGCCUCCAAAUGCCACAGCAGUUUUAAUGCAAUAUAUCAUAAAAAAACAAAGAGACACAGUCAAAUCAUUUUCAAAGAUUAACCAGUACAAAGCCAAAACAAAAGUUUUUGAAAUCAAUUCGUCCAUCGAGGAGGAAGAAAUUCUUUCCAUAUCAGAAACUGGAAACGGAGCGUUGACUCAGUCCCGGGCUCGAAAUAUCAGUGUGGACAAUGUGAUGGAAAAUCCAGCUUUUCUCACACACCAAAUUCAACAAAGCAAUCAAUCGCUGCGCCAUCGUCAGUCCGAAGUAACAACACAUAAUCUUCACUUUCAAAACUCCACCCAAAAAACUUACACUGACCUAUCAGGCCCUAAUUACCAGUCACAACAUGGCAAAUUUCAAGAAAAUACUUUUUCAUGUGCUGCUGGGUUUUAUGAACAAGCUUUGCAGCAAAUUAGGAUGAAUGACGAAGAUGAUGAAAUGUAAUAUGUUUAUCUUAUAAUAAAUAUGGUUCAUACAUAA